AUGGUGACAGCGACCGUAGUGGUGGUGGUGGUGGCGGCUGUGGCGCCAAUGCAACGUUCGAAUGAGGUCAGGUGUGUGUGUGCGCAACGCCAUGUCGACGUGGAGGAAGGCAAGGAGAUGUCUCUCAACAUCCUCCUCCUCCUUCUCCUCCACCCUUCUACGCCUAAACGAUAUCAGCUUCACACCUUCACUCACAUUGCACUAAACAAAUGCUCCACCACCAAUCGCCACAUUCGCAUUGCCUUCAGUCGAAUAGUGGUUGGGCGAAUUGAAAGCAAAACAAUAGUGACAUCUUCCUUCCUUCCACCCUCCGCUCCACUCACCUCCUCCUCCCUCAUCGUCAUCACAAACUCUUCCCCGAUCCCUGUGCUUAUGCAACUCUCCCACCUGCUUCCACCUGCCUCCACCUCCGCUCAUCUCGUCAUUCACCAACAAAAAACACGGACCAUUGUCAAGCCUGCACUCGGACUACAACUGAUCACUGCUGACUGA